AUAGAAAGAAAAAAACCACCCUGUGUUUGUUGGUGGUUUUUUUUUAAUGGGGUCGUGAGAUCUCUUUGUAGUGCUGCAUCCAGCCCUGGGGCCCCCAGCAUAAGGACAUGGACCUGUUGGAGCGAGCCCAGAGGAGGGCCAUGACGAUGGUCAGAGGGCUGGAGCCCCUCUGCUGUGAAGACAGCCUGGGAGAGUGAGGGUUUCACAUAAACUGUUUUCUAGUCAUGCCUCUGUGUGCCCUGUACCUAAGCUGAUAAAGCAUCUAUGCACUUUAAUCUCAAGUCUAUGCCACUCUGCUAGUACAGUGUGAGCUGUGCCUUGAACCUUGGAUAUAAAGACCUACCAGCCAAAGUCUUGCUCCUGCCUUAGUAAUGUUCCAGAGGUUAAAUAACAUGCUCAUGGGAGAGAUUGAUAGCUUGUCCAGCCAAGAGCCAGAGUUCAGUGAAAAAGAAGACGACGAGUGGAUUCUGGUUGACUUUAUAGACACUUGCACUAAUUGCUCCGUGGAGGAAGCAGACAUCGCUGAAGCAUCAACCACGGACGGCUCCCCGGUCUUCUCUUGUUUACCAUCUCCUUUGGAACACUUGCCAGAGGCCAGCGAGUCUUGCUUCAUCCAGUUUGAGUCGUGUCCCAUGGAGGAGAGCUGGUUUAUUACCCCUCCCCCAUGUUUUACUGCAGGUGGAUUAACCACUAUCAAAGUGGAAACCAGUCCAAUGGAGAAUCUCCUAAUAGAGCAUCCCAGCAUGUCUGUGUAUGCUGUCCACAAUACCUGUCACAGCCUUAAUGAGACUGCAUGUGGAGAUGAGGAGUUUCACAGCCCAGGUAGUCCCAGACUGGAGGCCCGAAAUGAAACGGGACAGCGUGUUCACUGCUAUGUCACAGCUCUUGCUACUCGUUCAGCUUUUCUGGAAAAAAACAAGAGCUUUCGUCCUACCCACUGGAUAAAAGACCGUAAUGAAAGACACUAUCUCAACAGAAACAGUCUCCGUCGCCAAAACCUUACCAGGGAUUGCCACUCUCGGCAAAUCAAGCACAACGGACUGUUUGUUCACCAGCCUUGCCAGCGUCAGUUCAAUUACUGAUGGCUUUUGUGGUUUUAAUCUAUGGUCUAAUUGUUUUUUAGGUUGCUCUUGUUUUCAUGCAUAGGUAAGUGUGGUCAAUCUGAAGCUGAUCGUCAAUCCCUCAAACACAAUCAUAACUAGAGUUGCAUUUUUUUUGAAAUGGCACAUAACACUCUGAACAUUUUGCAGCAGUCCUAAAUGUUGAUGUUAAAUAUCAAUGUCUCGGAAGCCUAUCAGUACAAUAUUUGUGUGCUGUUUUAUAAACUAUGAUGUAUAGAUGGGUUCUUAGUUUGUAUUUUAAAGGAACUUAACUGAGGUGGAAAUCAGUUACAUUUUGCGUUCAUUGAAGUGGAGUUAGAAAAUUUGAGGUUAGCCGUAUGCUGUAAUGACUAGUACUUGACAGCUUGUAUAUCUGUCCAUAUUCAGCAUACGUGAUUACUUCCUAACAAGAAAAUACUACAGCUGCCAGUGGAUAUUACAUAGCUAUGCUGAACUGUUACGAGAAGGACAUCUAAUCUGAAUUGCCUAGUACCCACUUGUGUUAGUGGAGUCUGUGUAGGUAUGUUGGGUACUUGAUAUGGGUAUUGGAAAAGAGUUAAAUGUCCCCCCAGUAUUGUUGCAGUGUGAUAUGGCACUGGUGUUACAGGUGUGGUACCUCAUAGUGGAGUGGAAGGAAAAGUGGACCUAUGGGUUAAGUGCAGACACACAGCCCAGAGACCUGACCUGGGUUUUACUCGGUGCAGUUUGAGUUCUUACUCCCUUUCUCUAACUCUUCUCUUUCUGUCUCUGAAGGAUGUAUUUCCCCUACGCUAUUUCAUUUACUCUUUAGUCUAGUUAAAGGAAGAAGAUGGUGGAUCGACUGUUCUUUUAAUCCCAUCAGUAGCUGACCGCUUUUUAAAGAAGUCAGGCUGAUGGCAAACUGCUUCUGAGCUGCUAAUUGCUGUUAGGUUGUCUCAUAUUUACAGAUUGAGAAUAACUCAAAAUUAGCUAGAAGGAAGGUUUUAUUAGAAAUUCUCCUCAUUCUCUGUCUGUCUUCUAUGAAAAUGAAGUCUGAGUUAAUUGUGACUGAAAAUGAGGGGCAGUGUGUGGCAAGGAGAAGAGGAUGCUGAAAAACAGUCUUAUAGAGCUCAACACAGUGAUAACAGGGUGUUUAAGAAUUGAGAUGGAUCAACAGCAGUUGUUCCCUUGGCCCAUUGAGGGCAGAAGGACUGGAUAGCAAUUUUGUGGGCCAACAGGAAAGAAAAGCCAUUCAAAACUAACAAGUAGUUUUCUUAAAAACACUUUGCAAGAUGUUUUGGAAGUUGGUGGGCACUUAAAAAAAAAAAAAGUAUAUGUAUUACACAGCAGCCACAUGGCCUGCUGAACCCCAGUAGAUUAAUUUAGGAAGGAGGUUAAAUGGUUAGGGAGGUGAGGAAGCAGAAAUCUGCAUUGAAAGAAGGGGGGAAAUAUAAGUGAAUUAUCCCCCUUUCUGUCAGUGCUUGAUGUGACUUACUGUGUUUUACCUUGUGUUCAGUGCCUAGGGCAUAAAAGUGUUAACGUGAUGUUCAACCAUGUCUUCCAGCAGUCCUUAAACAGAAGUUAGUAUAAGGAGCCUUUGAAAUUAGGCAAGAUCAAUAAUGUGAAUUAUUCCAGACCUGUGAAGUAUUUUAAAUUCAGCCAAAUGCUUCAGUUUCCCUGAAGCAAAACCCCAACGGUUUGGAUUGACCUUGAUGUAGUGGUACUGUUGCACAUUCUGCAGCUGGAAUUGCAGAACAUAUUUAGUGUACAGGAAACAGCAUUCAUAACAUCUGUUUCAAUGCAGAUGUGCUGCUUCACUGGGAUUAGUUAAGAUCGUUGCAAAGGGAUGUUGACAAGUAGUUAAACAUAUAAAAGCUAGAGGUGCUGUCCUGGGUAUGCUAGUCUCAUCUGAUUUUUUUUUUUUUUUUUUAAGACACACUGAAUUCAUAUGGACAGUGAAAGAACAAAAUCAGUCACGUCGUGAGAAUCCAAAACCGAUUUUGUUACUACUCUUUUUCAGCAGUAUGUGCCCAUGUCCAUAAAAUUCUUUUGUGGUCCGAAUACUCCAGUUUAUCUGCAAAUAGCUGCAGUUUCACUAGUCUCUCAUCUGUUCACAAAUGCUCUUGCUUGCUUCAGAUUAUUUACCUUUAUCACUCCAGCUUUUUGCCAAACUUCCUUCUCACUGCCAACUUUCUAGCUCAGGAAAAUUCUUUGCUUUCCUGUGGUUUUUCUUUAUAUAAAAGUAACUACUUUCCUUCAGCUUUAAUUUUCUUAAAGUGAAAUGAAGGAAGAUGGAGUCUCCAGCUCCCCGUGUUGGAAAGAGUAAGUAACCCUUUAACUCUUAAUGGGGAGAUAGUUGAGAGUGUAAGGCUCCCAGGCAUUACAAUGAGAGCCUUGGUCUGGUCUUAAAUGCAACUUUAGACUGCUCCUGGAAUUGGGAGAUACUGAUCUUUUUAUACUGCAUUACUAGAUGACUUUCUGGUGAUGAAAACCUAUAUCUUUCAGGAUAUAAACUAUUUUGUUGCACAAAGCUGUGCUUCUCAAUUUGUAAUAUUGGAAACCAUAUUAUUGUGCGAGUACUGCAUCAAUGGCUUUUUGUUAAUUUGUUUUACAUAUUUAUGUUGGUCUAGCCCUGUUUUGUGCCUGGAGCUAUUGGGCAAUUAGAUUUGUUUUGGUUUUCUGUUAUAAUAGUGAGCUGUGUGGCUUUUGUAUAGUUUUUUGAAUUGUAUUCGUGUGUGGUUUUUCUUGUAAAAGUGGAGGCCUUGCACUGUCUCAUACUGAUUGAUAUUCAUGAAUCUUGCAGAAACUGUAUUUUCAUAUGUAUUGGUCAAUAGACAGACUUGCAUUUUAAACUGUGCCUUCUACACAGCAAACUUGAAGAUUCAAAAGGGACAUUUCAGUUAGGAUUAAUACUGUACAGCAGUCUAUGCAUAUAUGGCAGCUUCUCUCCAGAGCCACUUCUCUAUUUGUAGCAGUCCUUUUGAUACAGAAGAAUGUCUGGCUCUUAUUUUUAAUAGUGUAACACAAGCUGAAAACCGACAAAAUACAGCACUUUGCCAAAAAGUAGCAUUGCUUAACCGGUGUGUAUUUACUAAAGCGAUCUUCUGUAUUUUGUUUUCAUAGUGCGUUCUGCGCACCAUGGGGAGAUGUGAUCUUAACUCUCAAUAAAAGAUGGCCUAUUACAAA